ACCCAGAACAACAUUUCUUCUCCCCGUUUUCUUACCCAUCUUCUUCCUAAGCAAACUGGAAAACCCCCACCAUCUAGUCACCUUUUCUACUUUCUCCCUAACUAUUUCAAAGUAGAAAAGUAACUUAGCCAACAGAAGGGCCAAAAUCGCCUUUCUCCUUUCUCUUUUAUGUGUCUCCUUCCUUUUCUCUGAUUUUUUUUUUUUGUUCUUUUUGGUGUUUCUGCAACUAAUUUGGUGGUGAAGAAUGAUGACUAGUUGGUAGUGUGAGUUGGUGAGAGAGCUAAUUGAAAAUUCCUUUUCAUUCCCCAUCUUCUUCUAAAUCAAGACCAUGUGACCAUCGCCGACGACCGCCCAGACCACCACAAAAAUCCUCAUCUUUUCCCUGAAAAUCCCUAAUUGUUGUUGCUUACCAUGAGACGACUACGGGGAGCUUAAGGAUCUAGAUACAUUUUCAAGUAAGCUACCCUUCCUCCCCUCCCCUUAUUUUCUUCAAUUUUUCCACCCAAAAUCCGUAAUUUGAGUGCUAUUUUUCCAUUCUUAAUUGGUUCUGUAGUGAACCCAUUGCCAUCGAGAUCUACAAAGCCACUGCCACUUAUAAUAAUGGGAUUUGUUUACAGAAGGUGGGAUGCUAGAGAAACUUUAAGCUCUAAGAUGGAAGACAAGGAAGAAGCCGGCAGUAACCAUGUAUUUCUUUCGUACCUGAUGAAGGGUUAUCUAUCUUGUAUUUUAUGUCUCAGGCUAGUAGCAGUUGCAACAAUGGUUUCUUGUGCUUUAGCUAGUUUGUUCCUAGGCUUUUAUCCUGUUUUGUUUGGACCAUUUCAUUUUAUGUUCUCUUAUGUUUUCUGUUUAACUUGGUUUGAAGAAUUGCUAUUUCAGUAUUUUGGCUUGUAAGAAUGGAUCUCAAUUUAUGUCACCAUUGUAAUGAUUGUUAUGGCACAGCGUAUUUGAGUAUAAUGGUUUUGCGGGUGGGGUAUUUACCAAGAAUCUUUGGUUUUUCUUUUUUCUUUUUUUUUUUCUUUUUGUAUAAAUGACUAAAAUGAUA